AUGGUUCUUUACUUUACCAGCACAGCGGUGACACCACCAGUGACAAUUUUCAUGGGUCGGGAUAAGUUCGAGAACGAAGACUUGAUCAAGCACGGUUGGCCCGAGGACGUCUGGUUCCACGUCGACAAGCUCUCCUCCGCGCACAUCUACCUGCGUCUUCCACAAAGCAUCCCCGACUGGAAAUCCAUCCCCCCCGCACUCCUCGAUGAUCUCGCCCAGCUCUGCAAGGCCAACUCCAUCGAAGGCAACAAAAAAUCCAACAUUACUAUAAUCUACACGCCAUGGUCUAAUCUCCUGAAGAACGGCAGUAUGGCGGUGGGCCAAGUUGGCUUUAAAAAUAGCCAGAUGGUCCAGAGGGUGUAUGUGAAGGAGCGGGAAAAUGUGAUUGUCAACAGGCUGAAUAAGACGAAGCGCGAGAAUCACCCGGAUUUGUACCAGGAAAGGCAGGACAGGGAUGGUGAUGAGCGCAGGGAGAGGAAGAACGAGGCGUUGAGGGAGAAAAUGGAGAAGACGCGGAUGGCUAAGGAGAAGCAGAUGGAGGACGAGUCAUAUGGGAGCAUCUUCCGCGUCAAUGCCCUGGACAUGGAGGACCGCCGGCCGGCGUCCGAGAACAUCUUUGGCGACUCGGACGACAGCGCCAGCGGGUCCGAUGAUGAGUUCACAGGCCGGUACGCCGACGAGCUGGCAGACUUUAUGUAG